GAGAAGAAGUUGGACUCCAGAGUAUCUGGUGUAUGUCGAUUAACCGCUCGCUACAGCGCUCGGCUCUUCAGAAACAUUCUUGGAUGCCUGAAGAUCUCAAACUCACGCAGGUGUUUUGCCCUUGACAUUUUUUUUAUAAUCCCGAGAAGCUCCUUCAGCGUUCCUGAUGGAGAAGGUGACGUCCAACGGCGGGGAGCACGUUAACCCCGCUUAUGAUUCCACCCUGGACGGGCCGCCAGUCUACGAGAACAACGACGACCACCGCACGGUCCGGCCCUCGGUGGUCAGCGCUUUCGGUCACGACACUUUGGACCGCGUGCCCAACAUCGACUUUUAUCGCAACGCGGGCAGCGUGAGCGGCCACCGGGCCGUGCGGCCGUCGCUGCAGGAGCUUCACGAUGUCUUUCAAAAGAACGGAGCCAUCUCGGUGCCGGACACCGUGGAGGACGACAGCGAGGGGAGCGACGGCACGCCCUCCGACGACCUGGAGUCUGCCGUUCCCCUGGACAGCGGAAAAGGGGCCGUAAAGUUCGGAUGGAUUCGGGGGGUGCUGGUGAGAUGCAUGCUGAACAUUUGGGGCGUCAUGCUGUUCAUCCGCCUGUCUUGGGUGUUCGGACAGGCCGGCUGGGGUUUGGGAAUCGUGGUUAUCGCUCUGAGCUGUGUGGUGACGACGAUUACGGGCCUUUCCAUGUCGGCCAUUUGCACUAAUGGCGUGGUCAGGGGGGGUGGGGCCUACUACCUGAUAUCUCGCAGUCUGGGACCAGAGUUUGGAGGUUCCAUCGGCCUGAUUUUUGCCUUUGCCAACGCGGUGGCGGUAGCCAUGUAUGUGGUGGGGUUUGCCGAGACCGUUGUGGAUUUACUCAAGGAACACGACGUACUCAUGGUGGAUCCAUUAAACGACAUCAGAAUCAUUGGAGUCAUCACAGUGGUGCUGCUGUUGGGCAUAUCUGUCGCCGGAAUGGAAUGGGAGGCCAAGGCCCAGAUCGUCCUACUCAUCAUCUUGUUGGCGGCUAUUGUCAAUGUCAUUGUCGGCACCUUCAUUCCUCCCACCGCCGAGAAGAAAUCCAAAGGCGUAUUUAAUUAUGACGCAAAGAUAUUUUUAGAGAACUUUCCGCCGGACUUCAGGGACGACCAGUCGUUCUUUUCAGUGUUUUCCAUUUUUUUCCCCGCUGCAACCGGGAUCUUGGCGGGAGCCAACAUUUCUGGCGACUUGCGGGAUGCUCAGGCGGCCAUUCCUAAAGGCACUUUACUGGCUAUUUUGAUCACCGGUAUCACCUACCUGGGUGUGGCCCUUUGCGUCUCCGCCAGCGUUGUGCGUGACGCGACAGGAAACAUAACCGACCUCAUCACCCCGGGGGUGUCAUGCGAAGGAUCGGCCGUCGCGGCCUGCGAGCUCGGCUACAAUUUUUCUUCCUGCGCGGUAGAAACGUGCAAAUUUGGCGCGAUGAACAACUUCCAGGUGAUGACUCUAGUGUCGGGUUUUGGUCCUCUCAUCAUCGCUGGGACUUUUUCAGCCACGCUCUCGUCUGCUCUGGCUUCUCUUGUCAGUGCUCCCAAAGUCUUCCAGGCGCUGUGCAAAGACAACAUCUACAAGGCUCUGCACUUCUUCGCCAAAGGCCACGGCAAGAACGACGAGCCCAUCCGGGGCUACAUCCUCACCUUCCUGAUUUCCGUGGCCUUCAUUCUCGUCGGGAAUCUCAAUACCAUUGCGCCCAUCAUUUCAAACUUCUUCUUGGCCUCCUACGCACUCAUCAAUUUCUCGUGCUUCCAUGCAUCCUACGCAAAGUCUCCAGGUUGGCGGCCGGCUUACCGAUACUACAACAUGUGGUUGUCCCUGCUGGGCGCUCUUCUGUGCUGUGCCGUCAUGUUCGUCAUCAACUGGUGGGCUGCGCUGGUCACUUACGCCAUUGAGAUCCUGCUUUACAUUUAUGUCACUGUCAAGAAGCCAGACGUGAACUGGGGCUCGUCCACUCAAGCGGUGACCUUUGUCAGCGCGGUCAGCAAUGCUCUGUCUCUAACUGGAGUAGAAGAUCACGUCAAGAACUUCAGGCCUCAGAUCUUGGCAUUGACAGGGGCUGCUCGGACCAGGCCGGCUCUGCUGGAUCUGGCCCACUCGUUUUCAAAGAACUACGGACUCUGCCUCACCUGCGAAGUAUUUGUGGGUCCGAGGGAUGAAGCGCUUCCAGAGAUUAACGUCGGCACUGAGAAGAACCAGCAAUGGCUGAAAAAGAAUAAACGCAAAGCAUUUUACACCGCCGUAGCCGAUGACAAAUUCAGGCAAGGAGUUGAGACUCUGAUGCAGGCGUCCGGUCUCGGCCGCAUGAAGCCGAACACGCUGAUGAUCGGCUUCAAAAGAAACUGGAAGACGUCGGGUUCCGAAGCGGUCCAGAGCUACGUGGGAGUGCUGCAUGACGCCUUCGACUUUGAAUACGGGACCGUGAUUCUGAGGAUGAACCACGGACUUGACGUGUCACACAUUGUUGAAGCAGAAGAGGAGAUGCUAAAAUCGGCCAAGGAGCAACAGGAGCUGGAGAGCGAUUUCAUGUCGAACGGGGGCAAAGCCAAAGGAUUGUUCCGGAAGUCCAGGAAAUCCUCUCAGCAAGUGCUCACCACCCGAGUGUCGGUGUGCGGCCCCCCGCCUCCACAGGUUGCUAAGAUGAAUGAGAAGCUGGUGCAGGCCAGCGCUCAGUUUAAGACCAAACAGCCCAAAGGAACGCUUGACGUGUGGUGGCUCUUUGACGAUGGAGGUCUCACUCUGCUGCUCCCCUACAUCCUCACCACCCGCAAAAAGUGGAAAGACAGCAAAAUGAGGAUCUUCAUUGCGGGGCUGCCCGGACGCAGCGAGCUGGAUAAACAAGAGAUGACAUUGUUGCUCCAGAAGUUCCGAAUUCAAUGCACUGACAUCGUAGUCAUCGACGACAUCCACAUUAAGCCCCGUAAUGACAGCUUGAAGAAGUUUGAGGACAUGAUUGAACCGUUCCUGCACGAGAGGACCAAGGAAAGCGCGCAGGUUGAAGCCACGCGCAAAACGCAGCCAUGGAAGAUUACUGAUGACGAGCUGGAUGAAUUUGAGGAGAAGACUAACCUGCAAAUUCGACUCAAUGAGUUGCUUCAGGAGAACUCCAACUCAGCCAACCUGAUUGUGGUGAGCAUGCCGAUUGCUCGAAAGGAAACCAUCUCGGACUUCCUCUACAUGGCCUGGUUGGACGCCCUGAGCCAGGGCCUCCCGCCCACCGUCCUCAUUAGGGGCAACCACAAAAGUGUGCUCACUUUCUACUCGUGAGAGCCCUCCCACAGAAAAUCUGAAAACAACAACAACAACAAAAAAAAAGCUUACACCGUGACAAUGAGACAUGUUCCAAAACCCUUCCGGACCGCUCGAGACCUCCGACCAACCAGACCAGAGCGCGUGGGAAAAUGCUUCUCUGAUUAUUUCCGAGGCCACAAAAACGAUAACGGACACUUAUGGAUUGUUUUAAAU